CACCGUUUCAUGAAGACACAGAAUAUGCAAGGUACAAUUGCGAGUUCAAGCUUUUAUUAGGCAUAGAAGAAAAUAUAUCUUAUGAAUGGCGUGAAGUGUAGGCUGUUUUCUGCUGUAGAUGGACAAGCCGUCGGAUUUUGUUCAGCACACCGACAUGCCGCAGAAAGAGGUGCAGCACUGCGAUAUUUGUCACGGCUAUAUUGUAGCCGUGACAGAAAAGGAAUUAGGAAAUUACUAUGUGAAAUCGUUUCACAUUGAAUCACAGGUGGACGAUGACCAACAAGGCCUCCAAAUAGGGGUCUACAAAGCCCACAAGCUUGAAGAAUUUAUUGUUCUUACUGAAGAACAAGAGAUGGAACAAGAUGAAGAGGAAGAAGAAGAAGAAAAGCAGGAUGAAGAAAAAGAAGAAAAAAAAUAAAAGAAGAGGUGCGUUUUAACAUUUUGAGUCA